AGGGAGUGGUUUGUUAUGCUUGGACAAGAUGGAACUACAGGUGUCACAGGAAACAUGAAGGUAGAAGUUAGAAAGAAAGGUCGACCCAGAGCAGAAAACCAAGAGCUCCGGAGUAUUCCCGCAAGCAUGGUGGCUCUGUGGAAAGAAGAGUUUAAGAUCUGCUCCCGUGUAAAAUGUCCCAACUCUGGGUGCUGGCUUGAAUUCCCAAGUAUCUAUGGACUAAAGUACCAUUACCAGCGUUGCCAGGGGUCUACAAAACUGGACAAACUUAAUCAUCAGUGCCCUUAUUGUGAAGCUGUUUUUGCAUCUAAAACCCGUUUGGAGAAGCACAAAAGUUGGAAUCAUGAAGAGAGAGUCUGUAAAGAAGCAAAAUCUGAAAUGAAGGCGCAUCAAACAUCGGUAAAAGAAAGUGCUAAAAAAAGAGUUGCAGAAAAAGAUCUUUCUCCAGUAAAAAACAAACUGAAGAAAUCAUGUGAAGUGCUGGAGCACUCUCAGAAUGGAGAAUACAUCAGCCAAAAUUCUGGUGCAAAACAAAUGUCAAGUCAGACAUCAGAUUUUUCUAAGAAAUCUCCACGCAGUGCCGAUGUUGAGUCAGGUGGCUGGCCCACACAGUUUCCAGAGGAGGACCCUGAAAGAACAAAGCACAGAAGAAAACAGAAGACUCCAAAAAAAUUCACAGGCGAGCAGCCUUCUAUUUCAGGAACGUUUGGCUUGAAAGGACUCCCAAAAUCUGAGGAUAAAAAAACUGGGAGAGGAAAACAACCAGGAGGAAUUACUUGCAGGGAGGAGCCUAGAAAGAAGUCCGCAAACUCCAGCUUUAAAAAAGAGUCUGUAGUCUACUCUCCAGGAAGCCAAGAAGAACAGUGGCAGCACAUAAUCUCAGAGAAAGGUGAAAUCCUCUGUCCCACCUGCUCACUUGUUACAAGAAAGACUGUUCCUGGUCUCAAAAAACACAUGGAAAUCUGCCAGAAACUACAGGAUGCCCUCAAGUGUGAACACUGUUCAAAGCAGUUUAAGUCCAAAGCAGGACUGAACUACCAUACGAUGGCAGAGCAUAUUAACAAGCCCAUUGUAAGUGGUGACUCUGUUUAUGACGAACAAGAAGAACGGGAGCGGCUGAGGAAAGUUCUGAAACAAAUGGGAAAGCUGAAAUGUCCCAGUGAGGUACUAAAGUUUACAUCUUUUGCAACUGGUCAAGCUAUACCAUCUGUAGUGCUGCGUCAAAGUUCCAGGGACCUUGAUUCCGUUACACGCCAGGUCCAUAUCCAUAUUACCUACACAUCCAGCUUGCUCUACAGACAUUGGUUUAAUUGCCUUUCCAGCCUUGGGUUACCAGUAUCACCAAACAAUGCUGUGGAAAAGCCUUUCUUUGUUUGCAAACAAUGCAAAAAAUACAAGUCUAAAGCUGGCCAUGACUACCAUAUUCGUUCAGAGCACCCUGUGAAGAAUCCACAGCCCAAGAAGAAACCUGUAGAAAAAGAGGAGCAAGAAACAGAAGAAUUUGGUAGAACCCCCAGUGGACGAGUUCGUCGAAAGUCUGCGCAGGUCGCAGUCUUCCACCUCCAAGAGAUUGCAGAAGAUGAGCUGACCAAGGACUGGUCCAAACGUAGAAUGAAAGAUGACCUGGUUCCAGACACCAAGAGACUUAACUACACACGACCUGAGCUUCCAAAAUUUAACUCAAAAAUCUUGGAAAACUGGAAGAAUGAAGUUAGGGAAAAGGGAUUCAUCUGCUGUCCAAACAAUAGAUGUGAAGCUGUUUACUCGAGUGUUUCAGGACUGAAAGCCCAUCUUGCAAACUGUAUUAAGGGUGGAGGUUCUCUUGGAAAAUACAGAUGCCUUCUGUGUCAGAAAGACUUCAGCUCAGAAAGUGGAGUAAAAUACCAUAUUGGUAAAACACAUUCAGAGAAUUGGUUUCGAGCAGCUAAUCGGGUAUCUCACAGAAGUAAACAAAAGGAACAAGAUGGCUUAAAAAAUGCAGUGGCUAAAAGCACAACAGGAAAAAAGCGUGGAAGAAAACACAAAGAAAGGCCUUAUGAACUAACUCAUCCAAUUGCUGAGAAGACCAGCUCAAAGACUGGUACUGGCAGUGAAUCAAACUGUGUCAUUUUGGAAGCUGGAAACCACAGAAUUCGUGAAGACAAAAGAAAAGAUGUGAAAUUUACAGCUAAAAAAAGGGGACGGUCUAGAAAGAACUGUCUUGAAUAAACCUUGGGGGCAGUCACUGCACUGUUGGUAUUUUACUUGUUUUUGAAGAAGAGUUUUUAGAAUUCAGGGUAUGAAAACAUGUUUCUCCAGUUUAAAAUAGUUUUAAUUUCCCUUUUGUAGCUGUUCUUUAACAUUGCAGGCUUCCUCCAAAUUACGAACAACUUCUUUAUGAAAAUUUGGGUACUCAGAAAUGCUCUUUUGUUGUCUUGCAAACUACAAUGAAGCUGAAUUAUCAACAUUUCGAAAACUGAAUGUGGGAUGAUUUUCAAACGUAUGCUGAUAGCUCAAACAUCUCAUCAUCUUUGAAUCUUUCCAAGUAUAUUUUGUUAUAGCAUGCAGAUUAGGAUGAUGCUAGAUGUUGGGGAUGUGCAAUCACAGUCUCAGUCAAUAUCGCAGGUGACACCACAUCCACAUGCUAUGGUUAAAUCAAUUUGUCACACAUGCUGCUCAAGUCUUCUCGCAUCUUGAGUAUCAUGACCGCAAUAAAGAUUGUGAAAGAGUUGGAGAUAAAAAACCAUCAGUCCUUUAAAUGUGAAACUUGAAGUGAAAACGUGUAUGUAAACAGCCUUGUCUAACAGUAGUUAAUGAAAGGAAAAUGUCUUUUAAGGGUUUUUUAUGUCUGAUGUUGACAUUAAAUUAAUUCUGCUCAGUUUUCAUGUAUUUUGGUGUUAUUUGAGCAGACAUUGAUGGUCUUGUCAGCCAGAGGCCACAUAUUUUUUUUGCAUUUAAACUAAUGGGUAUUAUGUGUUUACAUUUUAAUAAUUCACUGUACAAAGGGUUUUUCAGAAAAUGAUUUGCUUCGCAACAUGGGGGAAGCCUGUAUAUGUGUCUCACUAAAACACAUUGCAUCUUCUAAUAGAUAUUGAAUGAGUAACAGUGGGUUGCUUGAUGUGUUCAGUUAUAUUGUAAUUCUAGUGGCCUCAUGCUAUAGGUAAACUAAUAUAGAUUCUGCCUAUAUACAGAAGUCAGUCAAAAGCACUAUAUAUCAAUAUCCAUUGUAUUUUAUAAUUAAAGAAUUCUACUCCCAUUCAAUUUGUUUGAAACAUUAAUCUACAUUUAGCAAUCAUUUUUGCCAUUUUUUACAACCUAUUCAUUAUCCUGUUCUUUUCGAAAAGAAAGGCCUGUCCAAGAUUUUGCGUCUUUUGUGUGCUUCCUAGUUUUUCUUUCUCUAGUUGUUACGAUGAUUUCUUAGCUUAGCUUGCCAGCAUUACUAUUCUCAGAUAGUGCCUCAUCUUUGUGUUCAACGUACAGGGUUUGUUUUGCAUGUUUUCAUACACUUUUUUAAAGCAUGUAUUCUGCCAGAAAUUCUGUUUUCUUUUACGCCACUAUAUUUUUCUAAUAAUUGUGUAGGUAAUUAUUUCAAAAUUUUUCAAGUCAUGACAGAACAAUAAAAAGAAACAACACAUCUUUUGUAGGACUUCUUAUUAUUACUAUAGUAAAAAAAUGCAUAUAAAUCUUAUUUUAAUAGUAGCCUACCUAUCAUAAUUUGAAAUUAAAAUUUAAAUAAAUGGCAAUCACAAAUUUAGUUCAAAUCUGACAACAAAAAGUUACAACUUAAGUCAUGUCCUCUCCACACCACACACCCAAAGAAUAGAACCAAUAAAAAAAUCCCCACCCAACAACCCAAAAACACCUCAAACAUAUAGCAAAGAAAAAAGUGAUGUAUGAUUUAGCAAUCAAGAGCAGAAUUGCAAAUUACAGACCUUUGCACAGAAAAUCAUAUGAAGCACUGGUUCAGGUUGACCGUGGGUAGUCAUAGUAGAUAAACUAAACGGAGAGAGCAUACAAAGAAUCUGUCUUAUCUGUGCAUUCUCUCUGGUAUAUAUUACUCAUUCUGUAUACCUGCUUCCCUGCAAGCCUUAACUAAGAUAAAGUUGGUAUAGAAAAACGAAUAUGAAAAAUGAAAUGAUAAAAUGUAAAUACAUUUUAUAAAUAUAGUGAUUAUUUUCUUUUACGCUGUUCUGCAUGUAGGAAUAGUAGACCUUUUUUAUGUUUGCUUCUUAGUUCACUGCAAUGUCGGUGGCCAAGCAAAGAAUUAUUAUUUUUUUUUAAUUUAGACAAUUUAAUAGUUUUUUACAUUUAUUAUAUUCUUAUCUUUUUUACAUUUUAUGACUGUUAUUAGUGUUUUACAUUUUUUUUUUUUUCCAUUUUCUGAAUAUUGACCAGAUGUGAGUAACCAGAUGCUCUAAACUGGGUAAUCAUCUGAUCUGAAGAAAAUUCCAGUUCAAGAUCAUAAUAAAACAAGUUAUAGUAGCCGCAGAUACUGUAUGACAAACUGAAGUUAUAUGUACUUACCCAUUUAGGGUAUUAAUGCCUACUGUAUUCAAAAAGCUGAUUGUUAUUAAUUGACCAAUGGAUUGUUGGCUUGAGUAGUGUGGAUCUUCUACAAAAUAGUGGUAACUAAGGGGAGACUUAAGGAUUUGUAGAAGCCUCCUGGUUUUACCCUCAAUCUGUCACCUCUUUAUGAACAUAAUUUUAGUAAAUUAUUGAAGGAAUGAUAUUGUAGGUACAACAGCCAAAAUGAAAUUCCUGUGCAGGGUGGCCAAGUUUAUGAGUUCAGGGAGCAAAGGGUAGAUCUCUUGCUUAUGAGCAUUCGAGGCAGCCAUUUAAAGUGGUUCCAACAUCUAGUGAGCAUAUCACCUGGGAAGUUUUAUAAUAACACUGGGAAUUUUCCAGAAGAAACUUUUAUUGGCCAAAAUAAGAGUUGGGUUUGACCUUCUUAGCUUGUUAACUAACUACCAAGACAAAUGAUGAAAAAUUAGUUUAUAAUGAGUUUAUAAUGCUUUUGCUUUCCAUUUUUAUUGAAAUGUUGAUUUUGAUGAAUAUGUGAGAUGUAAUAAUUUACCUGGUAGACUGUAUCCUCUUUAAGUGACCAUUUCUUUGUACAGUUUUGUUGUUCGUUAUUUUUUUAUGUUUCACAAUUAAUACCGUUUUUUUUUUAUAAGUAGAUGUUUAUGUUUAUACAAUAUUUAUAUUCACCUUGCAAUGUGUGGAAUCUGUCAGAAAAAUUAAGAUGUUAGACUUACCAUAUCUGCUGAUGAAUCUAAUCAAAAAAUCUGUUAAAAUCCAGUAAGGCCGCACUGAGUUCCCAUUUGGAAUACUGUUUGCAGUUCUGGUUACUACAGUAUAAAAUAGAUAGCUGCAGUAGAAACUUUACAGAGAAAAAAUAUAUGCACAUCCAUGACCUUUCAGGUAUGACCAACUGAGAUAUCUUACAGUGACUCAGUGUCCUUCAGUCUUAAGACCUCACAACAACUAAAUCCAGUUUUAAAAACUUUCCAAAUUACUUUUAAUAAAAUAUUUACUCAUGCAAAUGCACUCUAAAGAAGCUACUUGUUUUGGAAGAUGUUAUUUGGACUGAGGAGCAAACUGCCUGUUCAUUUGUUGAAAUUUCUAGCCUACCAUCUUUAGAUCCAGUAUUACUAAAUGUAUUAUUGUACUACAGCAACAUUACUUUCACCAUCCAAAUGAAUUAGAUGAACGGAAUAGGAUUAUUUGUAUACUUUCUUACUAUAUGUUCUUUUGUUACUGUACUGUAUUAAAGUGUAAUUUCAAGUUAGCCCAAGAUAAAUAAAGUAUACAUUACAAAAAACAAAUUUAUAUUUCUAUACAUUUAGCAAGAAGUUUACAUUUGCACAGUAACGUUACAUUCAGACAAAUUCAUUUAGGAAGUGUUUGCUCAUGAAAUAUAUUUAAAUCCCUAAUUACAGAUGCAGUCUAUCUAUUUAUAAUCAUUCUUUCCAGGAUGAUGUUUAAUACUAUGGUUUUAUUUUAAGUGGGUGGGAUUUUUUUCUUAAAUGUUUUGAGUAUUUACAGUGGUAAUCUGGGGUGUCUGGUACAUUGAUUAUGGAUCCUUUUACUGUGGCGCAUUAUGAGGAUUAACAUGACUUACUUAAUGUACAAAAAACUUCUUAAGUGAAUUUAAAACAAUUAAAGUGUAAGUAGCACAGUAGAUAUUGUGGCCUUAAAUUAUUUGGAACAUUUUUCAGUGCUAUUUGGGAUGUGUUACCUGUGGAUUUUGCAUCUAUCUGUUUCACAUACAGUAUACUUUCAAAGGCAUGCAGUUAUGUAGAUUAACAAAUCUAAAUUGGCCUGGUCUGCAGUCCUGUAUGAGGUUUUCUUGUUGCAGACAUUAGUAGACAUUAGUCUGAAAGAACUUAGCCUGAAUGUUUUGUUUCAUAUUAUUCAUGCAAUUUUGAACUUCCUCAAUUUUGUACUUUUUUUUUAAGUAAAAUUUAUACAUAUUUACUUCACUUGUCAUUUGAUCUAUGCAGCUGGCCCAGUACAUACAGUAAACAGUGGUCCAUCUCGGGGCACACACGCAAUUGCAAUUCAUCUGUUUUGAGAUGUAUUGAAUUUUAACAAAUUGCAGUCCAAUAAUAAUUUCAAAUGCAUAAUGUGUUAGGAUGACAAUCCCAGAAACUGCACUGAAAAUAGUAUCUGAUUCAGGGAGCUGUAGGACAAGAAAACUCCAUGUAAAGUAGUUUUUCAUGUAGAAUAAUGGGAAAAUAAAAAAGGUUCAACCUAGGCCCAGCAUGGUUGGUGUAGAAAUACGUGAAUAUAUUCUUGGUAAAUACUGAGAAAAUAGUUAAUGGAUUCUCAUGAAGAGAAUUUGGUUGGUUUCCAAUUUAAGAUAAAGCAGAAGGAUAUCACUUUCCCAGUGUGUUAUAGAGAAUGGAUUGGGUUUCUUUCAGUUGAGCAAAACUAAUCUUCAUACAAGUAAUUUAGCAUAACAUAUUACAACAGAUAUUUCAUAGCACAGUGUUAUCUGGUAUUACAGUACUCCAAAUAUUACUCUUAAAGCAUUAGGAAUGAUUAAAUAUUUUGGACAAAUUUAAUAAGUAAAGAGGUGAAAUGUAUUGUGGAAUGUGACAACAAAUAAUUACAAGAUGAUAUGUGAGCAUAAAUAAUGAAAUGUUUCAUAAAAUGUGCUUUUGUUCCUUAUUUUACAUGUAUUAAUUCAAUUAUUUCUUGAUUAAUUUAUUUCAGUGACACGGCAUGAAACAUGAAUCACUUUCACUCCUCACAGUUGAGAGAGCAUGCUGUACCGAGUGUUUUCUUUUGGUUGGUAAAUCUUUGGUAGAGUGGACUUGCAUCUUUAGCCAUUAAAUGCCUCAUUUACAGCAGACACAUAAUAAUGAAUUCCAUUUCAUGAUCUAAAGGAGCCACUUCAUGCACUAAUUAUGGGCACCUUUUUCUUUAACUCAUAUCCACUACGGAUGCUCUCUUAGUCACAACUUCCAGCAUCUCCUUUGCCUGUGAUUGACCAAUCAAAAUACAGUUCUUGCUAAAGCACACCCUCUCAACUGUGAUAGGUAAAAAUGAUGGUUUUCAUUUCUAGCUGUAUUGCAUGUUAAAAACAGUCACUAAUGAUAAACAUUUCAUGACACAUUUAUUUAUGCUCCAAUUAUCAUUGUGUUUUUAUGUAUUGUCACAUUUCUCAAUACAUUUAUUUAAUUAUUUUCCUAAGUAUUCUUUGAUAGUUUUAAGGGACUUUAGAUGCAAAACUAUCCAAGAAAUAUACCUAAAAAUACAAAAAAGUAAAGAGGAACUGGAAUCCAUUUUUAAUCCAGUUUUACCAUUGCAGGUGUCAUGAGCCUUGGCAGCCACUGGUGCAGGCAGGAUGGCAAUUCACACACACAAACGCCCAAUGUAGAAUUAUCAAUAAAUCGAACAUGCAUGUUCUUCAGAUGUGUGAUAACAUUGGCAUACCUGCAUUAAAGUUGUAGAAGCUCUGAUAGAACUGAAUAUUUGAAUCCAAAUUAUACAUUUAUUAAUCUCAGUUUUCCAUACCUGUUAAUUCUUCAGUUAUAUAGGAGACUGGACCUUGUUUCAGCAAAAAAGAGAAAAAAAAUUUCUGAAAGAAAGGCUAGUACAUGAUAAGGCCUGGUCAAACAUACCCACAAUAGGACAAUCUAGUUUUGACCAGCAAGACAAACAUGCAAAUUCUACACAGACGACACCCCAGCCUGGUAUCUACACUGAGGUUGUAAGUCAAAUACUUUUCCACCUGUGCCAGCCUACUAGAAGGUAAAAUUAUUGAUGUCCAAGACACAAAAUUGGUAUGGACAGAAUGCUACGUGUUUUGAUUAGUCAGAGACAAUUAGGUCCCUUAGAAAAUAUUAUUAGUGUGCCUACAGUAUUAAUACUGUCAGCAGCAAUGAAAUCAAAUAAUUGCAUUUAAUAAAGUGAAUAGCAUGCUUUAGCCACAAGAUAAAUGCUUUAAUUCCACAAGAAUGCCAGAGUAGUUGAAUUGGAAAGUUGUUUGGUUUUUUUUUUUUUUUAGAUGUUUGUUUUUCUUAUUGCCACAAAUCUUUGUUCUUUCUUUGAGUUCAUUGUUAAAAUGCAAUUAAACAAUAUUUGUACUAUAAA